AUGUUCAAAUUAGCAAGAACUCCAUUAAUCAGAGCAUCAAGAGCAAUGGCUCAAUCCACAGCAGCCACUCCAAUUGGCGCAGUUAGAACCAAGUACACUUUACCUCAAUUGGAUUAUGAAUUGGAUGCAUUGGAACCACACAUUAGUGGUCAAAUCAAUGACCUCCACUACAACAAACAUCACAAGACCUACGUUGACAACUUGAACAAGGCAAUUGAGUCUGCAGUCGAAGCCAAAGAGAAAGGCGAAGCCAAGAAGCUUGUCGCUUUACAAAAGGCAUUGAACUUCAACGGUGGUGGUUACGUCAACCAUUGUUUGUGGUGGAAGAACUUGGCCCCUGAAAAAGCAGGCGGUGGUAAAGUUCCUUCAGCCGACUCCAAAUUGGGUCAACAAAUUGUUAAACAAUAUGGCUCAAUUGACAACUUGAUUAGUGCUACUAAUGCCAAGUUGGCUGGUAUCCAAGGUUCAGGCUGGGCUUUUAUUGUGAAGAACAAGGAGAAUGGUAACACUAUUGAUAUUGUUACCACUGCCAACCAGGAUACCGUGACAGACCCUAACUUGGUCCCAUUGGUUGCCAUUGAUGCUUGGGAACAUGCUUACUAUUUGCAAUACCAAAAUGUCAAGGCCGAUUACUUUAAAGCACUUUGGAAUGUCAUCAACUGGAAAGAAGCUGAGAGAAGAUUUGAGUUUUAA